CACACCGUCUCCGUUCCUUCUUUGGCUCCACUCGCAGCUCCUGUCGAUUUGUCGGGGAUGUGACCCCGGAACAGGACGCUUCCUGAGAAAGAGCAGUAUUUAAGUACAACAGAAACAAGGAAAAAAAACAAAUCCUGGACCAGGAGAGUGGAGCUUCAGGAGCAGGGGGGAUGAACCGGGAGGAGGCCCCUGGCAAGUCUCCUGAGGAGAUGUAUAUUCAGCAGAAGGUGCGAGUGCUCCUCAUGUUGAAGAAGAUGGGAUCAAAUCUGACGCCGAGCGAGGAAGCGUUCCUGCGGAACUAUGCAGGCGUGGUGCACAGUCAGAUGAGCCAGCUGCCGCAGCACAAUAUAGACCAGGGUGCGGAGGACGUGGUGAUGGCCUUCUCCAGAUCAGAGACGGAGGACAGGAGGCAGUGACCUCUGACCCCGUAGCAGCUCCUCGCUCCAUCUGACCCAGAGCCUGCUGAGUGACGGAGAGAGAGAUGGACUGAGAGCGAGACAGAUGGGAGAGGAGCAGGUCUGUCCUUCACCCGUCACUCUUCCUCAUCCCCUCCUCUUCCUCACACUAAACGUCACUCCAGCAGCCAAGCUCCAGCGGCCCAGAGUCUUCAUCACAGCAGGCUGACACACGAGUCAGACAGAGUGACCUUUAUAUUUUUAACUUUUUUUUUUUUUUAGCAUCAUGCUUCAGGCCAUAGUGUUUUGCAUGAAUGUGUGUGUGUGUGUGUGUGUGUGUGUGUGUGGCUGAAUGGACCAAGAGCUUCAUUUAUCUGGUCAAACCAAGAGCAAAGCUGGGACGAACGGAAAUAAAGGGAUUUAAACAGGCUCGUUGUUUUUAGAGGUGUGGGGGGAGGGGGUGCUGUAAAGAUUGUGGAGGCUGAUGACGUGUGUGUGUGUGUUUGUGUGUGUGUGUGUGUUUUAAUGUUCUACCAGAUUGUAAUCCUCACGUCAUAAUCUCAUCACAUUGCAAGAUGUCGAGGAUGCUACUGCACUACAUCAAAAAGGGUAUUGUGUGUGUGUGUGUGUGUGUGUGUGUGUGUGUGUGUGUGUGUGUGUGUGUGUGUGUGUGUAAAAUCUACAUGUUUUUAA